AUAGGUGAAAAAAAAACAUGUCGGAAAAUGUAGUCAUCUGUGUUGAUGCUAGUGAACAAGCUGCUGAUGCAUUUGCGUGGUACGUGAACCAUAUCCACAGGGCAGGGAAUAACAUAUUCCUAUUACACGCACCAGAGAUCGAAAGCUUGGCCAUGUCAAGUGCUGGUAGUAUGAGCUUUUCCCCUGGAGUUUGGCAAAAUUUGUACCAGAAGGAAAAUGCUGCCUCAAAACAACUAGAACACGACUACAGUCAACGUUUAAAAGAGGCUGGACUUCCAGGAAAAUGGGUAACAGUUAACCAUGGUGGUAAACCAGCAGAAGCAAUCGUAAAGGCUGCGCAAGAAGUCGAAGCUACUUUGCUUGUCAUGGGAACCAGGGGAAUGGGAACGGUUCGAAGAACCAUUUUCGGUUCGGUUAGCGAUUAUGUUCUGCAUCACGCUCAUUGUCCUGUUGCUGUUUACAGACAUUAG